AUGGAAGUCAGGCAUGACUGGCUCUCCUCAUCCCCCCACGAGGGCUUCGAGCAGAUGAGGCUGAAGAGCAGACCCAGGGAGCCUUCCCCAAGCCUCACCAGAGUAGGUGCGAACUUCUACAGCACCGUCAAGCAGCAGGACUACAGUGCCAGUGUCUGGCUGAGGAGGAAAGACAAACUGGAGCACUCCCAGCAAAGAUGCAUUGUGAUCUUUGCACUGGUAUGCUGCUUUGCAAUUCUGGUUGCACUGAUAUUUUCGGCAGUGGAUAUUAUGGGAGAAGAUGAGGAUGGACUCUCAGAAAAGAACUGUCAAAAUAACUGUCGGGUUGCUCUUGUGGAAAAUAUUCCUGAAGGGAUCAACUAUUCAGACAGUGCACCAUCCCAUUUGUCUCUUUUCCAAGGCUGGAUGAAUUUGCUUAAUAUGGCUGAAAAGUCUGUUGACAUAGUAUCUUCCCAGUGGGACCUCAAUCACAGUCAUCCAUCAGCAUGCCAGGGUCAGCGUCUUUUUGAAAAAUUGCUUGAACUGGCAUCCAGAAAUAUUGAGAUAAAACUGGUGAGCGAUAUACUGCCCAUGGAAUCAAAGGUAUUAAACGACUUGAAAACAAAGGGUGCUGAAGUGUUGUAUAUGAACAUGUCAGCAUAUAAUGAAGGUCGGCUUCAGUCAUCUUUCUGGAUUGUUGAUAAACAGCACGUGUACAUUGGAAGUGCCAGCCUAGACUGGAGAUCACUGGGACAGAUGAAGGAACUUGGCGUCAUCGUAUACAACUGUAGCUGCCUGGUCCUGGAUUUACAAAGGAUAUUUGCCCUGUAUAGCUCAUUAAGAUACAAGAAUAAAAUACCUCCGAGUUGGUCUAAGAGACUAUAUGGAGUGUACGAUACUCAGAAUAAACUGACACUGCAGCUGAAUGAGACAAAAUCAGAAGCUUUUGUGUCGAAUUCACCUAAACUCUUCUGCCCAAAGGACAGAGUCCUGGAUAUUGAAGCUAUAUACAGUGUUAUCGAUGAUGCGAAACAGUUUGUAUACAUAGCUGUCAUGGACUACUUGCCGAUCGUCAUUGACACCAAUGCUAAACGGUACUGGCCAUAUUUAGACGGGAAGAUCAGAGAAGCGUUAGUUUUACGAAGUAUUAAAGUACGACUUCUCAUAAGUUUCUCAAGAGACACAGAUCCCCUUACUUUUAACUUUGUUUCAUCUCUGAAAGCUAUUUGCACUGAAGUUCCAAGCUGUAGUUUGAAAGUUAAAUUCUUUGACCUUGAGGAAGAGAGUGCAUGCUUUCUUAAAGAACAGAAGAACACUUCCCUUCCCAAAUUAAAUCGUAACAAAUAUAUGGUGACUGAUGGAGCUGCAUACAUUGGUAAUUUUGAUUGGGUAGGAAAUGCUUUUACGCAGAAUGCUGGAGCUGGCCUUGUUAUCAACCAAGCAGACGCGGGGAACAGCACAAGCAUCAUUAAGCAACUCAAGGCUGUUUUUGAAAGGGACUGGUAUUCACAUUAUGCCAAAAGUUUACAGCCAACAAAAAUCCCAAACUGCUUUAAUCACAAACUUAAUAAAGCAACAUCAAAUAAGACUGCCAUGAGCAAUGUGAAUUAGAAAGACUAUUUUACUGUUUAGUAUGGCAAUGAAGAAUUACGUUGGGGUGUAGCUCUCUUUCAUAUUUACAGACAAAAGACUUAAAGAAAA